UCAAUGAAUUUUACUGCAGUAAACCAAACUGAUGACUGUUUCUAUUAUACCUGUCCAGAGAGAUCUCUGUCUACUGCAGUUUAUGUGUUAUUGUGUAUGUCUUUAACAAGUGUUGUUUUGGUGACUGUGUGUGGAAACCUGAUUAUCAUCAUCUCUGUGUGUCACUUCAAGCAGCUCCACACACCCACUAACAUGCUCAUCCUCUCUCUGGCUGUGUCGGAUUUUCUGAUUGGAGUUUUUGUGAUGCCACCAGCAUUACUUCAACUGAUUGAAUCAUGUUGGAUUUUUACAAGAGUUUUCUGUGCAUUGUAUUUGUUAACUGGUUAUUUUUUCACAAGUGUAUCUAUAUAUAAUGUUGCCCUCAUUGCUGUUGAUCGGUAUUUUGCUCUCUCUAACCCUUUCCUGUACACUAAAACAGUUUCAGUGAGCAUAAUGUGCAUUGUGGUUUUAUGUAACUGGGGUGUGUGGCUGUCAUAUAAUAUAACAUUGCAGUACCCAAAUUUCAAGUCUAUAGGUAGGGCAGUGUGUUCAAGAGGAUGCUUUCAUGUGCUAAAUGAUGUCUGGUCUGUAGUUGAUAUUCUUUUGAGUUUUGUUUUUCCACUUUCUGUAAUAAUCAUUUUGUAUACUCUAGUGUUUUUUAUUGCCAAGAAACAUGUCACUGCUAUUAGAGAGCUUAAAAGUCACACCAGGACUCAGACUUCAAAGAACAUGACACACUCAAUGAAAUCUGAGAGAAAAGCAGCCAAAGUUCUUGGCAUUUUAGUGUCUGUGUUUGUGGCCUGUUUACUUCCAUACUUUCUUUAUAGUGUAUUAGGUAGUGUAGUAGAAAUUGAAGAAGAGUCAUUACACAAAUUCUUCUUGUUGCUUUACCUUAAUUCAGCCAUCAAUCCAGUGAUUUAUGCUUUGUUUUACCCAUGGUUUAGGAAAUCUGUUAAAGUAAUUUUAACUCUUCGGAUAUUGUCCACUGAUUCUUCAUUGAUACAUAUUCUUUGA